AUGUCUCGGAUCUUUACUUCGUCAUUACGCACUCUUCCCAGAGUUACCAUCAAACCUAUAUCAACCACUAGUGCCAAAGCAUUCAUCUCUUCUUCUUCAUCAACAAACUCUGCUCUUGCUCAAGAACAACAACACUCACAAUCAGACGAUAUGCCAAUUGCCGUCAAGACCGCCGCUCAAUGGGCCGAAUUCGGACGUGAUCACGUAUGUCACGGUUUAGGUAGACUGAGAGACCAUGUGAUUGUCAAAGGUGAAGGAUUGGAUUUGUACACUGCAGAUGGAAAGAAAUUAUUGGAUUUCACUGCUGGUAUCGGAGUGACCAAUCUUGGACACUGUCACCCUCACGUAUCUCGAGCCGCCGCUGAGCAAGUCAACUCCCUCGUCCACUUACAAUGCUCCAUCUCAUUCCACGCCCCAUACCUCCAACUCAUCGACCGACUUCUCCCCGCUAUGCCUCAUCCAUCGCUUGACCAAUUCUUUUUCUGGAACUCUGGUUCAGAAGCCAUCGAGGCAGCCAUCAAGGUAGCCAGACAAGCUACAGGCAGACAAAACAUGAUUGUCUUUUCGGGUGCUUACCACGGCCGAACGAUGGGUUCAGGUGCUUUGACUAGAUCUAAACCUAUUUACACACAAGGUACAGGUCCUUUGAUGCCCGGUGUAUUCUCAUCUGCUUUCCCAUACUGGCACCAACUCGGUGUGAACCCUUCUACCUCAGAGGAAGAACUUGUACGAUUGGCUCAACACCAACUUGACUUGAUCCUUAGACAACAAGUCAACCCCAAGGAUGUGGCUGCUAUUUUCAUCGAACCUGUCCAAGGUGAAGGUGGUUACGUCCCUGUCCCACCAGCUUUCCUUCGACACCUCCGAGAAGUAUGUGACAAGCACGGUAUCCUCCUCGUUAUCGACGAAGUUCAAUCAGGAUUCUUCCGAACCGGUUCAUACUUCGCUAUCGAACAGAUCGUCCCCGAACUCCGACCUGAUAUCCUCGUAUUCGCUAAAGGAGUAGCCAACGGUUUCCCCAUCUCGGGUAUCGCCUCCAACAAGGAAAUCAUGGGUAAACUCGACGUUGGUUCCAUGGGAGGUACCUACUCUGGUAAUGCCGUAGCGUGCGCAGCGGGUGUAGCAGCUCAAGAAGUCUACCAAUCAGGUGAAAUUGCUCAAAACGUCGAAGUUCGAUCCAAACAAUUAUUCAACGUUCUCAAUGGACUUGCUCAGGGGGAGAAAACCAAACAUCUCAUUUCGGAUGUUAGAGGUAUGGGAUUGAUGACUGCUGUAGAAUUCAGAAACAACUCCGAUAAAUGUACUUUGGAAGGAUUACCUGAAGGCUCAAGUGUACCUAAGAAUAUUGGUAAACGAGUUCAAGAGUAUUGUCUCAACAAGGAUCUGUUGGUUUUGACUACCUCCGCAUUCGACACUAUCAGAUUCAUCCCUGCUUUGACUGUAAAUGAGGAAGAGAUGGAUAGAGCCAUGAAGAUCUUCACUGAAGCUGUCGAAUUAGUCGCUAGAGAGGGUUAG